AUGAACAUGCUACCACCAAUGAAUGAAAAUGCAUACCGGGACCAUGUUAGUGCCAUACAUGCUGCCGCUGAAGUCGUCUGCAAGGAAAGUAUGAAUAGUGCAAGUGAUGAAACCAAACAAUUUUAUGAAGUGGAAGAGGAUGGGAACUAUGAUAUUGGCAUUUCAGCUGAUGGGACGUGGAGACGAAGGGGGUAUUCGUCUUCAUAUGGUGUUGUGACUGGGAUGUCCUUAGUUACAGGCAAGGUCUUGGACAUAGAAGUGAUGUCGAAAGAGUGUCGACAAUGUAUUUUAUGGAGAGGGAAAGAAGGGACAAUCGAGUUUGAGGAGUGGUGGGAGGGACAUCAGCAUAAUUCCCAUGCAAAUUUUGAAGGAUCAUCAGGAGCAAUGGAUGCUGCUGGAGGUGUUGCUAUUUUUCAACGAUCCAUUGAGAAGUAUGGUUUGCGUUAUGUCGACUUUCUGGGAGAUGGGGACAGCAAGGCAUUCAAUGAGAUCACAGAAAAGGAUGUGUAUGAGGGUGUGAAGGUCACAAAGCUUGAAUGUGUUGGGCAUGUUCAGAAACGUAUGGGCUCGCGGCUUCGAUCCCUGAAGAAACACUGUGGUAAGACUCAUCUUGAUGAUGGUAAGCCAAUUGGGGGACGAGGGAGACUGACAGACAAUGUUAUUGAUAGCUUACAAGUGUAUUAUGGUAAAGCUAUCAGAAACAGUAACCAUUCUGUGAAAGCAAUGCAAGAUGCUAUUUGGGCCAUCUGGUAUCACAUGCAGUCAACAGAUGAGAAACAUAACCACACUCUCUGCCCCGCUGGGAAGGAUUCCUGGUGUGGCUUCCAAAGAGAUCUUGCAAAAGGAACAACCACCUACUCUCGCAAAAAUUCUCUCCCUCAAGCUGUGGCAUCCUCAAUUCACCCAGUCUUUGAAGCACUAACUGCAGAGGAAUUGUUAUCUAGUUGUCUUCAUGGCGGCACUCAAAACCAAAAUGAGGCUUUCAAUGCACUGAUUUGGCAGCGUGCUAUUAAGGAGACCCAUUCCAGCCUCCCCACUGUUGAAUUGGCAACCUAUUUAGCAGUGGGUCACUUCAAUGAUGGAUCCAGAACAUUACUAUCAGUUCUGGAAAAUCUUGGCAUUGUACCUGGAAGCCAUGCAACAAAAGCAUGUCAGAAGUUUGACAGGGACCGGGUUUGUGACUCGCGCCGAAAGAGCUCUGAUGCCUGUAAAAAGCGCCGCAGACAGAUAAGGCAGAAGAAAAAGGGUUACAAUGAAACCCAACAAGCUAAAGAAGGACCCAAGUAUGAGGCUGGUGGUUUUUAA